AUGUCUCUCGGCGGUCUCAAAAGUUUAACCCUCCAGGCCUUCUCGCCCAGACCUACCAUCACGGAGAAAAACGUACCUGAUUUAACGGGAAAGGUCUGCCUCGUCACUGGAUCCAACACCGGUAUUGGUAAAGAGAUUGCGCAGAUCCUGUAUGCAAACAAUGCCAAAGUUUACCUCGCUGCGCGCUCGGAGGAGAAGACACAGAAGGCCAUGGAAAGCAUAAGGGUCGCGGUCCCCAAAAGCACCGGCAGCCUGGAAUUCAUUCGUCUUGACCUGGCCGACCUCACCACCAUCAAAAAAUCAGCAGAAGAAUUCUUGGCCAAGGAAAAUGAACUGCACCUUCUCUUCAAUAAUGCAGGUCUAGGAUGGCCCGAGCCCGGCUCCAAGACAGUCCAGGGCCAUGAGCUGCAAAUGGGUGUGAACUGUCUAGGACCUUUCCUAUUCACAAAGUUUCUUACUCCCACUCUCAUUAGUACAACCAAGAAUUCCCCGAAAGAGAGCGUUCGUGUUAUUUGGGCUUCUUCAUCGGCUUGCGAUGGUUUGGUUGUCGACAACACGUUUAUGGAUUACGUGGAGCACCCCGAGAAAAAGACAGUCCACCAGCUAUACUGUACAAGCAAGAUCGGCAACUAUUUUUACGGUGUAGAGUAUUCGGCUCGCCACAAGGCUGAUGGGUUGAUGUCGAUCUCUCUGAACCCCGGCCAUCUAGACUCUGACCUUUGGCGCACCCAGGGCGCUUUCAAGCACUGGCUCCUUCGGAAGACUGUUUUGCAUCCCGUCAUCUACGGUGCAUAUACAAACCUCUUUGCAGCAUUUUCCUCAAAGCUGACAAUGGAAAACAAUGGGACAUUUGUGGCUCCUUGGGGAAGAAUAUGGCAGAUGACGUCCGACAAGGUCAAAGCGGUGGUUCCAAAGACAGAAGGAGGUUUUGGAACUUCGGCUGAAUUUUGGGAAUGGACAGAAGCCCAAGUCAAACCGUAUGUUUGA